CUUCUCUUCCAAACCCCUUCAAAUCAAUAUGGGUGAUCCAUUCUCUAUCGCCAGCGGCGUCGCUGGCCUCAUUUCACUUGGCCUUACUGUUUGUAACGGCCUUCACACCUACUUCAGCGCUAUCAAAGACAGAAAAGAUGAUAUCGCAAUUGCCACUCAGAGCCUGGCCCUGUUUAAAUUCCAUAUCUUCGCUGUCCAAUCGAGCGCAUCAAACCUUGGCCAUCGUCAUUCUCCAGCCAUUGAUGGCUUACAAUUGAGUUUGAUAAAUUGCGAAAUGCAGCUUAAAUGUCUUGAAACAUUUCUCAAGGAGUUGAUGCCGACCGACGAUCCAUCGCUGGCCAAGGAGAUCUGGAGAAGACAGAAACUGAUUGCACGAUAUCCCUUUGAUCGCAAGAAGCUGGUGCAGCUAGAAGAGUAUCUUUCACGAGCAAACACUACUCUGAAUAGUUUUAUACAAGCCCUCAACCUUGAUAUAAACAUCCGGAUGAGUGGUGACUUGGAGGCUUUUAAAGCUUCUCUCGAUGCACUUGACAUCAACACGCAGACCACGUUGAGAACGAUUACCACCAAACUCGACGUCAUUAGCCCCAAAGUGGAACCUGGCACCCUGGAACUUGCCGCACUUCCAUCCGGAAUAGAAGAUCGAAUUACUGCCGCCAGCAGCAACAGUAUCGUCUUGCACCAGGCCGCGAUGAGUGUCGCAGAGACGAAGGCUUCGUUCAAGGGAAGUGAGCGAUCUUUCGAAGACUUUGCCAAAGCCCACCCUAAGCCUCGUUAUCUGCAGAGUGCCGAACUCGAAAGAAGGCUUUGCAAGAAGCUAGCAGACAUGGAUUGUACCUGUGGAGCUUCAAAAAGCAAAACUAGCAAUCGUCCUGCAAGUCGGACGUACCGAUUUUGGGGGGGGUUGACCAUCUCAAGACAAGGAGGCGUAGGAGCAAAUCAUCGCCCCGGGUGCAUUUUCUUUCAGAAGUCCAGAAGAAAUGUUUCGAAAACUUCACUGACGUACUUCGGGCUUCUAUCCCUUUUUUCCCAAUCCUUCAGAGUUUCCCUUGCGCAAGAAUACCCCGCCGGACCAUAUAGCGUCUCUUUUGGACUACAGCCCUGCAACAUUGUCAAGAGCAGCCCAGCUUUACGACUCUUUAACAUCGAUGAGAUGUUCAUACAAUAUAGAACUAGGCUUUGUCCGAGCCACAUAGCGGAAAAUCUUAUCAAAGAGCUAAGAGUUAUCUACAGAUCCGGAAAGGCAUCACCUUUUGAUGUCGACCAAGACGGUAACAAUAUUGCUCACACGUGCCUACAGGCUUGUCUGGGCUAUUUCAACUACGAAAGGGGACUAGAGUCCAGCGAUAUAGCAAUCGAUGCCAUUUGCAAGAUGCUGACCUAUCUGGCCGAUAUUGGUGUUCCCAUCACCGCAUCGAAUUUCAGUCAAUCUAACGUGUUAACCCUAUCGAUAAAUUCAUACCGCAACUUCUGGAUACUACCGAGGCUAUAUAGAUUGGUCAUGAACCGUGAUUCAAACUUUUACCACGCCGAGCUUGCUCAUAAUGGGUGCCUGGCUGCAAAUCUGCGGUUUGAAGCUGGAGAACAAUGGGUAAGGCAGCUAAAUGUCUUAUGUGAAUAUCCCGAGAUAUGUGAAGAAAUUGGAUUCUCGGAGCUCUUUUUAGCUGCCAUGGCGAGAGAUCAUGGGAGACUUCAAGCUAUCCUGGCAGAAGAGGAUAGUAUUUCAAAUAUUUCGCAAACAGAUUUAUACGACCGCAACAUAUUACAUGUAAGCAGCAACUGGCCGGAUGGACUGAGGCUUCUCUUACAACGGCAAGAUGUUCGUCCCUUAAUGUACAUGAGCUCAGCGUCAUUUUUGUAUCUCAGGCCUCUGGAUUAUGCUCUAUUCUACAGCAAGGUCUACUGCAAUGCUCCGGACCAGUGGACUGACUGUGAUGGCUGCGCUUGCUUCGUUGCUGUUCAACUUCUGCUCGAAACCGAUUGCAGUGUCACUGUCGGUUUUGGACGACCUGAAACCCUAGCUGGUUGCUCCUUGAAAGCCCGAAAAUUGUUCUUUGAGCAUCUCAAGGACAGACGUGAGCGAUUACGGAAUGUUGCUCUAGGCAUCCUUCCCGAGGAAUCACUGCGUCAGUAUGGAGUAACCGCAAACUUCUUACCUGACAAGACUGCCACCUUGUUAUGGACUGAACUGCAGGAAACUAAGGAACAGCGGGAUCAGCUAGUAGUGGGCCUCAAUGAUAGCCUCCAGCCUUACAGCAACUAUUUUGUUAUCGAACCCCAGAGCCUUUUCGACUUUCCUCACCACCUACAGGUUGCAGUCCUGGCACUCGACUACGGUUUAGCACCUAAGGAUGAAAGCGGGGUUCCAACACUUCUAUCUGGCAGUUACAUCAUACCCAACUCUUCAUCCGGGAGGUUAGAAAAGGUAUCUAUGAAUUAUCUAGAUUGGCUACUCCAGUACGACCUAAAACUAGAGCUCUCUUUAGAGCCCUUCCGACUUUCUAUCCUUCAUCGCGUUGCGGUUUUCAUCGGGAACUGGAUCUUCUGGUCCUUAAACCGGGUCAAGUCCUUCGAUCUUCCACACCAGGACGUCUCUAUAUCUGAACUGCAGGAUUUAAAGACACUGCUACCAGAAAUAUACCACAGCAAGGCCCAAUGCAGUAUUCCAUGUCCGUGUUCAUCAGGCACGUUUAGCCGACCCUUGGCACAUAUCUUGCUCGCAAUUCUGUGGUAUAAAGAUCAUAGCGGAUCGACGUACUUUUUUUCGAAUAUAGGAGAGAACAUCGAACUUGUGGUGCGUUCCAUUGAUCUUUUGAAGCUUUUAAAGUGCAGCUCUGAACAAUCAUAUAUGGCGAAAUGUGCAAUUCAUAUUCUGACCAUGAUGUCCUUGGGGGUAAGGCACUUGCCAAUCUGCCUAAGGAAAGGCUAUUACAAUUUAGAGAAUUUAGAGGACAAAGAAGAAUGGAAGGAAAUAUUAGACGAAGAAGAAUGGAAGGAAAUAUUGGACGAGGACCGAGAGUUGAUCGAUCAGCUUCAAGCACUUGACGAAGAGUUUGGAGAGGCUUUCGAUCGACAAAAUGUCCCUAUAGCAGAGUUUCUCCGGGGAUACUGGCUGACAAGAAUGGAAGAAGUCAUCGGGGAGUUGAAUAAACCCCUAGCUGAUGACGAUAGAUAUGAUCUUUGGGAGGCCGGUGUGGUGUUGGAAGAGGACGACACUGAUGGCUCUGAAUGUUGCAUUGAGGAUACGGAGGACGAAAUUCGAGGUUAGGUUGAUUCACUGGACGAUGGAUGAAACUGGAGAUUAGAUCAGAUAUCUCAAACUGGCCAUUGAUUUGAGAAUACCAGCCAGCUGGGGCAACCGUUAAUCAGACUUCAAGGAUGUUGUGCAUACUGUCAUAGUUCAGCUUUGACGUGGAUAGCGUCUACCCAGCAGCCUUGCUAUCGAUAAGCAAGUAAUUCCUUGGCCCCCCACCCAGGUACCUGUUUUAGGCCUAUAGUCUCUGCCCGAGAUAGGUAUAAUAUCUGGAUAUGGAGGGAAACAAACACGGACGAUACCAUCCUAUACAUUAAAUCCUGCAUUAUACUUUCG